UUUUCUCUUUUUUUAAUAUGAAUUAAAGGUUAUAAUUCUAUUCUGAUUAAUUUUCAUUUUUUAGUGAUACCGUUUAUAUGAUUUUUUUUUUGUCUUGAAAAGUUUAGUCGGUGAAGAUCUUGAUCUUGAAACUAAGUUUGUUUUUCGGGUUCAGUUACUUCAUUUCUGAGAAAAUCUAAGCAAAAGUAAAAGGAAAUGUCUGCUCCUGUUGUUGAGGGCAACAAUCAAGUCACUGGCCACAUCAUUUCCACCACCAUUGGAGGCAAAAAUGGUGAACCAAAACAGACCAUAAGUUACAUGGCAGAACGGGUUGUUGGCACUGGCUCAUUUGGAAUUGUUUUUCAGGCAAAAUGCUUGGAAACCAGUGAGACUGUGGCAAUAAAGAAAGUCUUGCAGGACAGGCGGUAUAAAAACCGUGAGCUGCAAUUGAUGCGCUUAAUGGAUCAUCCAAAUGUGGUGUCUCUGAAGCACUGUUUUUUCUCCACUACAAGUAAAGAUGAGCUUUUUCUAAAUUUGGUUAUGGAGUAUGUUCCUGAGACUAUGUAUCGGGUUCUCAAGCACUACAACAAUAUGAACCAGAGGAUGCCCCUCAUUUAUGUGAAACUCUAUACGUAUCAAAUUUUCAGAGGGCUGGCAUAUAUCCAUGCUGUUCAAGGGGUUUGCCAUAGAGAUGUGAAGCCACAAAAUCUUUUGGUUGAUCCUCUUACCCACCAGGUUAAGCUUUGCGAUUUUGGGAGUGCAAAAGUCCUGGUAAAGGGUGAAGUAAACAUAUCGUAUAUAUGUUCUCGUUACUAUCGGGCUCCAGAACUCAUAUUUGGUGCUACAGAAUAUACGACAUCAAUUGAUAUUUGGUCUGCAGGUUGUGUGCUUGCCGAGCUUCUUUUGGGCCAGCCUUUGUUUCCAGGAGAAAAUGCAGUUGACCAACUUGUAGAGAUUAUCAAGGUUCUUGGUACUCCAACUCGAGAGGAAAUUCGCUGCAUGAAUCCCAACUAUACAGAUUUCAGAUUCCCUCAAGUCAAAGCCCACCCAUGGCAUAAGGUUUUCCACAAGCGUAUGCCUCCUGAAGCAAUUGACCUUGCCUCACGCCUUCUUCAGUAUUCACCAAGUCUCCGAUGUACUGCGCUGGAAGCAUUAGCGCAUCCUUUCUUUGAUGAACUACGUGAACCCAAUGCUCGCCUUCCAAAUUGCCGUCCUUUACCCCCACUUUUCAACUUUAAACAAGAAUUAGCUGGAGCUUCCCCUGAGCUAAUCAACAGGCUGAUACCAGAGCAUGUGAGGCGGCAGAUGGGUCUUGGCUUUCCACAUCCAGCUGGUACGUAAAUGUGGAAAAAGCAAUACAAGGAAUCAAGUCUUCUGUUAGUGGACGGGUUCAACGCAAAGGAAGGACGGACGGAGCUCCUGGUCACUAAACCAAGCUUUCUAGCCUAUUCAGUGGAUUUAUUGCCCCGCAAAGAUGUAUGCAUAUACUGGCUUCUUCUGGCUUAACAUGGAAGUUGGCGAUAUCUGUCUACCAUGUCAUUCUAGCUACAACAUAGUGUUCCCCUGUUUUUGUACAUUGUUUUGAUCAGAGCUAGGAGUAUAAAAAAGGUGAUGCAAUCCAUGUGUAGCUAGGAGAAAUAGCCCAGCCGAAGCUGAAGGAGUUGUACGUACUAGUUUGGCUUGCUUCUUAAAUGUUGCGCUAGUUUUACAUAUGUUUGUUGCAGCAUGUGGACAUAAACCGAAUUUCAUCAAUUUAAGUUCCACCCUUUUCUCUUCUUUUA